AUGUUUUGGCAGCUUGUAGCAAUUACGUGUUUGGCGAUGAUUUCGCUGAACGAAGGCCGUGCGGUGUCAGAACAGAAGAUCCGAGUGAAAUAUGAGAAAGAAGAAAAGCCUGAGCAUCAUGAGGAAUACGCUUGGGCGUACCCCUCAUAUGAGUUCUCUUACAAAGUAGAAGAUGAGCACACCCAUGAUAUAAAGAGUCAGCAAGAACACAGACACGGCGACGAAGUGAAAGGCGAAUACUGGCUGGUCGAGCCCGACGGUCGCAAGCGUCUUGUCAAGUACCACGCCGACAAGCACAGAGGAUUCCAAGCUGACGUGGAAUACUCGGCGCCCCACAAUCACGUGUACCACAAAAGCAAGCACAAUGACGAAGACAACUCGGAAAAUGCUAAUAAAGAAGAAUAG